AUGAUACUAAGAUCCAAUUGCCUGCGGGCAAGCUCUAGGAAUGUUUCGAUACUGCUGCCAGAUUUCCUCGUCCCUGCUCUGUCAUCCGCAUCUACAUCGAGACUAUUUUCUAGCACUCCAAGAUGCACAUCUCGAAUUGGCAGUGCGCCUUUGUCACUUCCCCAAGGAGUCGAUAUCAGAUUUCUUGAAGUUCCUGCGAGACGAAGACAGGAUGUUACUAUGACUGAGCUGCCGAAGACGGUGGAGAUUAUCGGCCCCUUAGGCAAGAUGUCCGUGCAGCUCCCACCCUACAUGAGUCUUGACCACGACAAAGAGACAAGGAAAGCUUCUUUGAGGAUACUUGAUAGGGAGCAACGCAAGCAACGUGAGAUGUGGGGUACAACCCGUGCAUACCUGAAUAAUCACAUACUUGGGGUAUCAGAAGGCCAUACUGCUAUUCUGCGGCUUGUUGGGGUUGGCUACAGAGCAACAGUGGAACCAUCAGCAGUCUCCGUGCAGCCUGAAUAUCCUGGACAGCUCUUCGUUUCUUUGAAGGUCGGCUAUUCGCAUCCUAUCGAACUCGGUGUUCCACUCGGUAUGAAAGCUAGCACACCUCAGCCUACGCGCAUACUGUUGGAAGGGGUGGAGAAAGAGGUGGUGAAUCAGUUCGCAGCGAAGAUCAGGAAGUGGAGGGUACCAGAGCCGUACAAAGGAAAGGGCAUCUUCGUGAAUGGGGAGACUAUCAAGCUGAAGGCGAAGAAGAUUAAAUGA